AUAUUAGCUUUGUUAACAAAUCGCGGGGAUAGCUCAGUUGGGAGAGCGUCAGACUGAAGAUCUGAAGGUCGCGUGUUCGAUCCACGCUCACCGCAAUUUUUUGUUAUUUUUUUGCACUCAGCUAGUGGGCCUGGACUUUUUACACAUACAAUAUUCGAUGAGGCCCAUUUAGUUUCGGCUUUGGCCCAUAUUAAUCAAAUAGAUCGUGUGGUGUAUUUUUUUAAUAGCUCAACAAGUUCUGACAAUCCUUAGAAAACAUGGCCGAUCGGAUCUAGGGAUUGAUUUAUUGCUUUUAUAACAUUGCUUUCAGAUUAUUAAACAUUACUAUAAUGAAAUAGUAUUAACAUAUACAUAUUGACUUACAAUUAAAAUUUUUGACUUUCUAAGCCAAAGACAGUAGUACUAUAUAUAAAAAGCUUAGAUCUUGAAUCUUGAUUAAAAUUUUAUGAGUAGCAAAAUAAUUCAAAAGAAAUGGAUUCCGCUGUUUCCUCUCUACAAUUCUUCUUCUUUAUUUUAUGUCUAUCUCUUAUGGUUUGCUCUAACUCUGAAAUUAGUUCCAAGUCAAACAAGAAACGUAUACUGAUAAACUUCGGCGACUCUAACUCCGACACUGGAGGAGUUCUUGCUGGAGUAGGACUUCCUAUCGGACUUCCUCAUGGCAUUACCUUCUUCCAUAGAGGCACUGGUCGUCUCGGUGACGGUCGACUCAUCGUUGACUUCUUCUGUGAACAUUUAAAGAUGACAUAUCUGAGUCCAUAUUUGGAUUCAUUGUCACCAAAUUUCAAAAGAGGAGUCAAUUUCGCAGUCUCGGGAGCCACCGCUCUUCCAGUGUUUUCCUUCCCUCUUGCCAUUCAAAUCCGCCAAUUCGUCCAUUUCAAAAACCGUUCUCAAGAACUUAUCUCUUCCGGGAGAAGAGAUCUUAUUGAUGAUAAUGGAUUUAAAAACGCAUUGUACAUGAUCGAUAUUGGACAAAAUGAUCUUUUACUUGCUCUAUACGAUUCAAAUUUAACCUAUACACCCGUUGUCGAAAAAAUUCCUUCCAUGCUUCUCGAGAUAAAGAAAGCCAUACAGACCGUAUAUUUAUACGGAGGGAGAAAGUUUUGGGUACACAACACAGGCCCAUUGGGCUGUGCACCAAAAGAAUUGGCGAUUCAUCCGCAUAACGAUUCGGAUCUUGACCCGAUUGGUUGUUUCCGGGUUCACAACGAAGUCGCAGAAGCUUUCAACAAAGGACUCUUUAGUCUCUGCAACGAACUGAGAUCGCAGUUCAAAGACGCCACUCUCGUCUACGUUGAUAUUUACUCCAUCAAAUACAAACUCUCCGCCGAUUUCAAACGAUACGGAUUUGUGGAUCCGUUAAUGGCUUGUUGUGGUUAUGGAGGAAGGCCUAACAACUACGAUCGAAAAGCAACGUGUGGUCAACCCGGUUCAACUAUUUGUCGUGAUGUAACCAAAGCAAUUGUAUGGGAUGGGGUUCACUAUACCGAAGCUGCUAACCGGGUUGUCGUUGAUGCGGUUUUGACAAAUCGGUACUCUUACCCAAAGAUUCCCCUUGACCGGUUUUGGUAGUUCUAGUACAAGUCAAUCUAUUUAACCGGUUUUGUUAAUAAAGUUUGUUUUUCAAUAUAAUCAGAAAUAGAAUAAACGACCAAUGUGUUUUAUAUAUGCAAGGAUCUUAGCCGUUCAUUAACCUCACUAAUCGGUCCAACUAUUGAUGGUACUAAAAUGACAAAUG